GGGGGGUUGCGUGAAGAAAUAAACAAUCGUCGUUCACGAGAAACCACACGUUAGUUAGAUUCGCUACCUGGUUGAAAACCUGUGGAUUUUAGUCGCUUGAAAGAAGUGCGUAGGCAAUAUAAAAAAAGAAAAUGGUGUUCGAAAGUAUAGUGGCAGAUGUGUUGAACAGAUUUGUUGGUGACUAUGUUGAAAACUUGGACAAAAAGCAACUAAAGAUCGGCAUUUGGGGUGGUGAUGUCGUGCUUAACAAUCUCAUCCUUAAGCAAAGUGCUCUUAAGGAGCUCGACCUGCCGGUUACUACAUUGUAUGGACACUUGGGAAAGUUAAUCUUGAAAAUCCCAUGGAAAAAUUUAUACAGUGCCCCGGUGGAAGCAAUCAUCGAAAAUUUGUACGUGUUGGCCAUCCCCAACUCGGACGUUCGUUACAAUGAAGAAAAGGAGCAACGAAAUGCCUUUGAGGCGAAGAAGGCUGAACUAUCUCGGAUUGAGCAGGCCAAGAAAGCCGAAGAAGAGAAAGAAAAAGAAAUGCCUGUUGCGGACAAGUCAUUUGCGGAAAAACUAACGACGCAGAUUGUGAACAAUGUCCAAAUUAAAAUAUCCAACAUACAUAUCAGAUAUGAAGACACGACAACCACUGGCCAACCAUUUGCCUUUGGCGUAACACUGAGUGAUCUGAGCGUUCACACGACGGAUGAAAAUUGGGUUCAAACCUUGGUAGCGGACUCGGUGACAAAAAUCUAUAAAAUGGCCCAGUUGGACAUGCUGUCGGUUUACAUGAACUGUAACACGCAGUUGUUCCAGCAAUCCGAUCCGUCGUUGUACAAGGUACUGUUUGAGGAAUCGAUUGCCUCCAAAUCCAGACAACUGGCGGAGUAUCGAUACAUUUUUGGGCCCAUCAGUUCGGGAGCGUGCCUGGAAAUGGCACCAAACCCAGAAUUAACAGAUGUACCGUUCUCUUCGCCGAAAAUUAAGCUCAAGCUUUGCAUGGAAACACUUGCCAUUGGCCUGACACGCUUGCAGUUCCAGACAACGAUGCAACUAGUGGAGGCAUUCGGCCGGAUGAUGCGUGCGAUUCCGUACAGAAAGUACCGGCCUCACGGAAUUGGGUACAAGGGAAACUACAAGGAAUGGUGGCACUUUGCGUACACCUGCGUACUAGAAACCGAGGUUCGAAGACGCCGCAAUAAUUGGCUGUGGGAAAAUAUGAUGCAGCAUCGGAAAAAUUUAAGGCUGUACGAAGAAGCCUAUCGUCAACAGCUAACGGCAAAAAAGUUGACCCCGGACAUCAUCAGUCGUAGUGAAGAGUAUGAAAAAAUACUUGACCUGCAAAACAUCAUCAUCAUUCGACAGAAAGUAUCACUGGAUGUGGAGAAGGAAGGCAAACGGCAAGCGGAAGAACAGAAGUCCGCCGGUUGGUUCAGUUCCUGGUGGAGCGGUGGAGCGAAAAAACAAGAGGAUUCCGUCGCGGUCGACAUAAAAAAACAAUUUGAAGCAGCUAUGACGCCGGCUGAGAAGGCUAAACUGUUUCAAGCCAUCGGUUAUCAGGAAAAUGAUGUUCCGACUGAGCUUCCAGAGCAUUACGUCGCUCAAAAACUUCAGUUCCAGCUGAAUUCCUUGGAGGUUUCGAUUAGAAGUGAUGCAGCUGAGGAUACCGCAAUUUUGAAUCGUGUAUUGUUACUAGAACUGAAAAGCGUCGUUUGUGGCGUAGAACAACGUCCAUCUGCAGCGGCAAUGAAAGUAUCAUUGGCCAUGCAUGAACUUACCAUCUCAGGUCUUAAACAAGGUGACAUAUUGCCGAUAAUGGUAAGAUCACAAUUAGAAGGAUCGAAUACGUUGCUCGAUGUGUCAUUCGAAACAAAUCCUGCCGACAAGAAGUGUGACCAGCGGGUUGUGGUAAACUCUCGGCCAUUGCAAAUAAUUUACGACGCCGAAACCAUAAUACAGUUGGCCAAAGUAUUUCAAACUCCGCGUACGGCAACAAUUUCGCAAUUAACAGAUGUUGCCGCAGAAAAGUUAGUCAACAUCAAAGAACGCUCCGCGACAGGAUUGCAGUACGCGAUUGCAAAGCAUCCGCGCUUGGAGCUUAAUAUUGACAUUAUGCCGAGCUACGUCAUCGUUCCUCAUGGCGGAAUUUUUUCUUCCCGAGAAUCCGUUUUAGUUCUUAGCUUAGGCAAGCUCUUGGUUCAAACCGAACCUCGUCCGCUGAAUCGCAGAGAUGUACAAACUAUGCAUAGCGAGGGCAUCGGACAGGAUGAAAUUCUAUCGGAAAUCAUACACCAGAGUUAUGAUAAAUUUGUGUUCGAGGUGAGCGACGUACAAGCGAUCGUUGCCACUGUUGAUGAGGACUGGCUUGGAUCGCUACGAUUGAACACCGUCACCGAGAUGCACCUAUUGGAGCCAACAUCUUUUCACGUAUCCGCACACCUGUGCGUUAUCGAUGACGAUCCCCGGUUGCCGAAGUGUAAAAUUUUCGGCGUGCUGCCUUCGGUUAACAUCAUCGUAACUGAACAGCGCGUGCUGGAAGUUUUGUCCAUAGUAAGCAGCAUACCAUUUCCGGAAAAUGACGAACCGAUCGUGCCCGCCCCCAUUACCAAAGACACAAAUUUGGUCAGCUCCAGCUUGUCAUUGCUGAAAUAUUUGGACGAAAAACAAGCCAAACUGCCAAAAAUCUCACGACCGGUAGAAAUGGCGACUGCACUCGACGGUGAAAUCGUUCAGUUUAUUGAUAUGGAAAUUAAGUUUGAGCUAAACGAAUGCUCCCUAACUGUUUGUAAAAGCGGUGGCGAUGGUCCGCUUAGCAGCUCCUCGGAUAUAUUUACGACACCGACUGAAGAGUUUUCGCAAUCUCCCGAGGAACAGCUGACUCCACAAACAAAAAUUGUUGCUUUUGAUUUACCCAGUAUAGGUGCCACUAACGAAAAUCAGCAAAAAAUUAUUGCGUUUAAAUUUAAGCAACUAGAAAUGACCAUGGUACAGCGAACUUACGACCUCAAGCUUGCUUUAAAACUUGGUGCAGUAACAUUGGAUCAGUUCCGUUGGCGUAACGAUAAAGAACUGAUUCUGAACGUUAUUCAGACUCCGAAAUAUGACUGCGACGACGCCUAUUUAUUUUCGGUGGAUUACACAAACUGUAAAAAGAGCAGUCCCGAGUUCGCUACCAAGUACGAAUCAGUGGAACAGGAAGUGGCGUUCGGCUUCUCUACACUACUGUUGUUGCUUCAUGAAGAUGGGCUAAAUGAGUUGAUUCAGCUUGCAAACGACUUCCAAUCCCGGAUGGAGGCAACAACAAAGAAUAAAAAACUGGAUUCGAAUGGAGCACCGGUUCCAAAAGAUCGUAUUGCCACUAUUCACGAAGAAGAAAGUGUUGCAACAGCACUUUUAAAUGCCGCUCGCGAAAGAUUACCAACAAUAUUGGAAGAUGACAGUGUGUUGGACAGCAAUGCGAUCCAAAAAGUAUCUCGCAAACGUCGAUCAUUUGUAGAUAGCAUCAAGGUUAGAGUCACGGCAAAGUUGGAAGAUGUUAUUGUUCAACUUCAAAAUGAUAAACGUUCGCUGGCAGUGCUUGCGGUAAAAAAUCUCACCGGCAGUAUAAUUAUGAAAACAUCCUACACGGAGAUAAACUUGCGACUGGAAGACAUUGUUUUAACCGAUACAAAUCCGGCAACUAUACACAAUAAGAUAUUGUCCAUCAUAGGCGACGACGCUUUGCACGUGCAAGUUAUCCUGUUCGAUACGGACGCUACUUGCGACUACAACUCAGAUAAUAUGAAAAUUGAUGUUCUUAUGGGUUGCGCAAGAAUUGUGUUUCUCAACUGGUUCGUAGCAUCGGUACUAUCGUUUCUGGAUAACUUUCAGUCGGCUCAACAGCGCAUCAAGGAUGCGAGUGCCGCUGCAGCAGAAGCGGCCAGAAAUAAUGUAGUCGAGGCAUACACGCAGGCCACGCGCAUAAAGCUGAACGUCAAAGUAAAAGCACCCAUCAUUAUUAUACCCGUUGAUUCAACUAGCUUCGAAGCAGUGGCCAUGGAUUUUGGUUAUUUGAGCAUCACGAACACCUUUCGCGACAUCGAUACGGAGAGUCAGCACGGACCGGCGAUAAUUGAUGAAAUGAAGAUCGAACUGAAAGACAUGAAGUUGGGCAAAGUCGGCGUUCGCCGCACAGAGGCAGCAGGCGAUUCGAUUUCACUGCAUGACGGUGAAGAUGUUAGUUAUGAUUUUGACACGGAUCAGGGUUCCGUACUUAGCCCGACCAAUUUUACAUUGGCUAUAAAACGUAAUCUAUCUUCUGGCUGGUAUCGGGAACUUCCUGAAAUUGACGUGUCCGGUCGCUUGAAGAUAGUCGAGCUCAACUUUAUAGCUACUGACUAUUCUGUGAUCAUGCAAAUUUUAUCAAAGAAUAUGACCGAAGGUCAGAAUGAAUUCAAAAAGCCAGUAAAAUCACACGCGAAUCCGAAUGAAAAAACGUCCUCGAAUAUUCCCGCUAAAUCGAAUUGGACUUCGGUUAGCAAGAAAGCAACGGUAAAGCCAUUCGGUGUAGAUGUGGAUCAAUUGAAAACCAUGGAUAGUUCGGCAGCAAAGCAAACGAAGAUUGAUACAUUCCUCAAGUUCAAUUUCCAAAUCGACAGCAUCAAUAUCAAACUUUUUACUGCACCCGGCCAAGGAUUAGCGGGAUUCGAAAUAUAUUACUUGUCCCUCCGCGGGAAAAAGCUCACAGACGGUAGCCUGCAUACAGCCGUAGUGCUUUGCGAUAUCCGGCUCGAUGAUAUCCGACCGAAUCGUGAGCAUAUGCUUACCAGACUGAUGGAACGUCGGGUUAAUGAUGACGGUUCAUUGGAUGAGUUUAACGAAUCACAAGAACAAGUCACAGGUGUGACUAGUUCUCCGUCUAUUUCCACGCCUCGCUCAAUGAUUAACAUCACAUUCAACAUGAAGGAAAACGAUAUGUUCUUGGAUGUUGAAGUAUCCAGCUUCAAUCUGGUUCUAUCGGUAGACUUUUUGUUAAAAUUGCAGCAGUUUCUCCAACCAGAGGAGUUGGUUGAACAACAGGCUUCACGUGUAACUGAAAGUGAACAAACGGAAAAACUACGCCGCGCUAGUGUGUCUGCCGGAGCGUACAAUGCGCCGCAAGAAGCUGACAGACAAAUGACCGUGAUCAUCAAAAUUGAGCAACCCGACAUAAUACUUGUGGAAAAGAUGGACGACGUCAACUGUUAUGCGUUGAUCUUGAACAAUGAAAUAUCUUUGAAUGUGCGUUUGAUUGGCGAACGACAGGUUAUUAAGGGAGAACUGAAGGACUUGUGUUUAUACUACGCUGAAUUCAACCCCGAGCGACGCAACUCCACAAAACAUUACGUCGUGCGUCCAUGCUCCAUCAGCCUUAACGGAUCUACACCGGAAGGAUUGGGACUUCAUCUUAGCAUCAAUUCGACAGAAAUCAAACUAUCGGUUUCACCUGCUGUUAUUGAACUAAUGAACAAUGCACUUCAAACGCUAACCGCCAAAGAACAGGCUCAGUUGAGCGAGUCUGAUAAAACGGUUGACUAUGAAGAACUGUGGCACGUGAAAGAAUAUGAUUCGGAUCAGUUUUGGUUUAUUCAGCCUGAUAUAGCAGAAGACGCGCUCAGCUUCGAGUCAUUAGCUACUGCGGAGGUGAAGGAGGAAAAGUGUUUCAUUGACAUACCAUCGAUAUCGUUGAUCGUAGAAACUGGGCUGGCAACCAACACGAUCCCGAUGCUUUUUAUCGAAACCAGCUUGCAGGGGUCCGUUGCAAAUUGGAGUUCAGAUAUGAAGAUAAGCAGCUCGUUGCGUUUGAGUAUGUCGUACUACAAUCAAACGCUAGCUUUAUGGGAAUACGUAAUCGAACCUAACGUUAUCGAGCAAUCCAAUGGAACCACCACGUACAUGCCAUGGGAGUUGACAUUCAACAUGGAAGUUGAUCACCACGAAGAUCGAUCUCGUGAACCGACAACCAGGAUGCACAUCGCUUCGAGAGACAGUUUAGAGAUGACCGUAACGAAGACAUGCUUGGAUGUGGUGCAAAAUCUCGCCAAAGCGUUUUCAGAAGCCAUCAAACGGGAAGGCAUGAUUAUGUCCAGUGUACAGGCGCCCUAUGUGUUGCGUAACGAUACCGGUCAAGACGUAAAGGUGAACUUUACGGCCAGCGAUUUCCUGAUUCAUCCAUCGCAUCUUGGUUCCUCGCAUAUCGAUGACUUGAUUGUAAUCAACCAGUCGGCAGAAGGGUCUUCGCUAAGCAGUUGCAUCGUUCGUUCGAAUGGACGUUUGAGCUUGCAGCCCAAGCAUCACUGCUCGGAACGGUCGAUCCUAACGGUAUUGGAUGAUAAAGACAUGAGCAAACGCAUGUUUAUGAAAGUAAUCGUUGCUGACACAGACAAAGAACUAACAUUACCAGUUUACAAGUCCGACAAACGCUACUUCCCCUUGUUUCGAAAAAUGGGCGAAGAACCGUGGGGCCUUAUAUCGGAGGUGAAAAUCGAGCAUGGUUGCACAAUUUUGGUGUUGCGUAGCAUUGUACAAGUGCAUAAUCAUUUCACUGUGCCGAUAGACAUGUAUCAGUUUAUCAACCACGAAAAGUGUCACAUAGGUGAAGUUCGUGCAGGAGGAUUCUUAAAUGUUCCGUUAUACUGCUUGUACAGCGACAUGAAAGAGUUGCACUUUUCCAUGAAAGGAUAUCACUCAUCAGCUCAAGGAAUAAGCUGGAAGGAAUCGCCCAAUAACUUCAAGCUUAUUAAAGGUCUGCAAUGUGAUCCAACCAAAACGUUCGAGCCGUUCUACAUAAAUGCAGUACGACAGCGGCAAGAAGUGUUUUAUGAAAUAUCAUCGAAUCAUACGAUGAUGAGUGCGUGCUACGAAAUUCACUUGCGACCUCCAUUUUUGUUGAGGAACGCCCUUCCCAUCGGUCUAACAAUCUCCGUUGCCGGGUGCACUGUUCGACGCGAGUGCGAAAUUACUAGUCAUGAAAGUCUUUCGAAUUCUUCUACUGUGACCGGAGAAGACUUUUUGGAUUACGGAGAAAAGUUGUUGCGGCCUGGAGAACUGCUUCAUUUACCAACCGUUAAAACGUCCGCACGUUCCACCAGUGAAACGUCGUAUAUUGUUGCUCGACUUGUUAACUACUUGGAUAAAGAUUGGUCAUGUACCACAGAAAUACCAGCUCAGCCACCAGAAUUCGGUGUUUGGACAUUCAAUUCCUAUGAUUCCGUAGAAGUUAUGUCUCUACAGCUGGGUGUAAAAUACGAGCAUCGCGCAGACGGAUUAACUGCGAUCGUUUACUGCCCGUUCUGGAUGUUGAAUAAGACUGGACUAAUGUUGAGUUACCGGGCCAAUGACGAAAAUACAAACAUUCUCUACCACCCCCCGGAGUACGAAGGACCAAUUCUAUUUUCUUUCCGGGAGAAGGUGUUUUUCGGAAAGAAGAAAGCUGCGGUGCGGGUCGAUAAUGGCGAGUGGAGUGAAAAGUUUUCCCUAGAUGUGGCCGGUUCGAGUGGUGUGGUGUUGUGCCACGGAAACAACAUGAAGUACGAAAUUGGCGUAAACAACACCUUGACUCACAAUUCGCUCACGAAGCAGAUUGUGUUUAUGCCGUACUUUGUUCUGAUCAAUCGAGCAAACUUUGAUGUCGAGGUGCAGGAACAUCUUCGGCCCGGUGAUUCUUUCACAAAGGUGCCCAUAAAUGGUUGCGUACCGCUUUGGCCAAAAACCGAAGACAAUCGUAUGCUAAGGGUAAAGAGUGCAGAUCUGCCUGAGGUGACGGCUCCGUUCAAGUACACAGAUGUCCAGUGCACGUUACUGCAGUUGCGCAAUCGGUACGGUGGCAUUAACGUGGAUGUGCACGUUACGGAAGGCGCAGUCUACAUUACGUUUAGUGGCUACCAUCCAGGAGAUGCUCCGGCGCUGCUAAUGAACCAUACGAAAGAACCAUUCGCUUUCAAAGAAAAAGGUGACGUUAACGGUAAGAUACUGAUGCCGAAUCAAAUGGUUCUCCACACAUGGAUUGAUCCAGCUGGUGAGCGUACGAUCGUGUGGGAGAGUGGAUCGAAAGCACCGGCUAUCGAGAAUGAUUUAAGACGAGAUGGCAUCAGUGAAUUCAAGACGCCCGGCGGGAGCGAAAUAUACUGGGUGUCGUUCUUGAAUGGCACGCAACGUGUUCUGUUGGUAACGGAUAAUUGCAGCAUAGCAUCUGGUGUUCACAGUGCCAUCCACCUCGAUCAGGUGACGCAAGAGGUGAAACUGGAGAUACAAGGCGUUGGACUUUCGCUCGUGAACAAUAUGAAGCCAAUAGACCUGAUGUACAUCGGUAUUGCCAGCUCCGGGGUCAUAUGGGAGGAGCAAAAAAAGUCUGGCCGUUUCAAGCAAAUGAAGAUACAGGAAACGAUCCUCAUAGAAAAUCUUUACCAGCAGUAUUUGCGUGACCAAGAGGUUGGCACAGUGGCAAACAAGAAGUACUUCCUCGAUGGUGAUUCUCGCAAUGAGGUAAACUUUGUGGAAAUGAAAAUACGAAAGUCUACCGAACGACGCUUGAAACGAGCCUUUUACCCUGGACUGUGGGUUAAAAUUAAGUCGUCCAGCCAUCAGCUGCAGUUUCACGCCAAGAUUAACCGCAUUCAAAUUGACAACCAACUGGUGGACUGCAUCUUUCCUGUGGUCCUAGCACCGGUGCCACCACCGAAGAGUGUGGCCGCAACUACGGAGUUUAAGCCAUUCGUUGAGAUGAGCAUGGUUCAGCGCAUAAUUCCACAUUCGAAUGUGAAGCAGUUCAAGUACCUAGUGGUGCUUAUUCAAGAAUUUCACGUAAAAGUCGAUCUACCGUUUGUGAAUGAAAUUUUCGACAUUAUUAGCACUGAGAUCACCGAAACGGAAGCGAAACAACUGUUCGCAAAGGAUUUGGAAUUGCAAACUCAACCACUGCACGCGCACGUCACGAUUCAGUCGCAACAAGAAGUGAAGAACUUCUAUGAUAACCUGCACUUGGGCCCGCUAAAGAUACACGUUAGCUUUUCCAUGGCCGGGUCUGAAUCGAAGGCGUUACCUGGCAUUCUGUCGACCAUACUUCAGGGCGUCGGUGUAACGCUGACGGACGUCAACGAUGUGGUCUUUCGGCUGGCUUUCUUCGAGCGUGAAUUUCAGUUUCUUACACAGCGUCAACUUGUCUCUGAGUGCGUGACCCAUUACAGUGGGCAGGCAGUAAAGCAACUGUACGUGCUGGUAUUGGGACUGGAUGUCAUCGGAAAUCCGUACGGUUUGGUGGUCGGUUUUACCAAAGGUGUAGAAGACUUGUUCUACGAGCCGUUCCAGGGUGCCAUACAGGGACCUGGAGAAUUUGCCGAGGGACUGGUACUUGGCGUAAAGUCACUUUUCGGACACACUGUAGGUGGCGCAGCGGGUGCUGUUUCAAAAAUUACUGGAGCCAUGGGCAAAGGCUUGGCAGCGUUGACAUUCGAUGACGACUUCCAGAAAAAGCGACGUGAUGCGCUGAACAAAAAACCCGCUAGUCUUCAGGAAGGAAUAGCGCGCAGCGGCAAAGGACUGGUGAUGGGCGUGUUCGAUGGUGUGACGGGAGUUUUCACGAAGCCCAUAAGUGGCGCCAAAGAAGAAGGCGUAGAGGGCUUUUUCAAAGGCCUCGGAAAGGGUGCCGUUGGGCUGGUGGCUCGCCCGAUUGCCGGUGUGACUGACUUUGCAAGUGGCAGUUUUGAUGCUGUAAAACGGGCGACAGAGUUAUCGGAUGAAGUCAUUCGAUUGCGUCCACCUCGUUAUCUGCACAAGGAUGGCAUUGUGAGACCUUACUACCGCAAGGAAGCGGAAGGAUGUAAAUUGUUGAGAGAUAUUGAUAAAGGCAAGUUCGCCGAAACGGACGCAUAUGCGUACUACGAAGUGAUCAUUGACAAUAAGGAUGUUGUUGUGCUAACCGACUGCCGAAUUAUCUAUGCCAUCAAGAGUGAAAUGUUUGGAGGAUGGCAGUCCGAGUGGUCUCACAAGUGGACGGAAAUAUUGAGUGUAUCGGUGCUGAAUGAUGGCAUUGAAUUGUUACUGCGGAAUCGGGAUAAAAAGUCGUCGCUGAAAAAAAUGUUUAGCUCGUCAGGACCCAGCAAAAAGAUUCUCCUCAUGUCUGCAACCUCUAGGCGCGCUCGACUGAGCGCAGAGAUGAGUCAGCUACUAACGAAAGUAAAUGCGUAAAGAAAACCGCGUGCGCCUUCACAGCCAAUAAGCAAUCAUUAUUGUUAUGCCGACAGCCAAGUCUGAAUUCUGUUUUUCGAAACUCUACACACAAAAAGCUUGCUUUUUAUUAUUUUCUAUUGUUGCACAUUGGUAAUCUAUAUUUGCAACGUUGGUAAUCUAUAUUUGCAAUGUUGGUAAUCUAUAUUUGUAUAUUAUAUGCUUUAGUAUAUAACUCCGAAUUUCUACUUAUAAAUAUAACGAAGAAGAAAAAGUACAAACACAAUGCUGAAAAUCAUUUUGAGGAAUAAAGUUGGAUAUAGAAUAAUUCUACUUGGUCACCAACGUAAUCGCAACUGCUCCAGGCGACUUGUUAAGCUUUUACAGUGAUUUGUUUUUCCCAAAAAAGUCCUGAUUUAUACACCAAAUCAUUAGCUAUAUAAUAAAACUUUGUGUGAAU